AUGUUCGGCCAGAACCUCAGCUCGUGGAGUCUGGCAGCAUCGCUGGCCUUCGUAUUGGCCACCACUUCAACUGUUACAUCAACUGCAUCCUACUCGACCAAGUCGGGCGUCUUGCCAUGGGUGGACGUGGGCACCCCGUCCAGCGCGCAGACAUACACAUCGUCGAGAGGGGAGACCUGGACGUUGACUAUGAGCGACGAGUUCAACUCGGAAGGCCGCAGCUUUGACGCUGGCGAUGACCACCUCUGGACGGCUCUGGGGCUGCCUGACGGCGUCAACGCGGCAUUGGAAGUCUACUCCAAGAACAUGACGGGCACUGAACCAUCGAGGAGACUGUGUGGAACAACUACAUCUCGCCGCCUGGAUACGAGACCGUACCGUUCGGGCAUGGUUCAAAGCUGGAACAAGUUCUGUUUCCAGGGCGGCAUGAUCGAGGUGCGCGCUCGACUCCCGGGCGCAGUCUCCAGCGCUUCAGGCAAUCCAGACGUCAAGACCGGGUCGACGUCAGUGCGAGCCGCCAACAUUGACUACUACCCAACGUGGCCCGGCAUCUGGAUGAUGGGGAACCUCGGAAGAGCUCUGUUCACGGGCUCCACAGCUCGCAUGUGGCCGUUUUCCUACAACGAGUGCAAUGACACGAUCUUUGACUCGCAGAACCAGCGUAUCAGCGCGUGUGACGACAAUCCUGGCUCGGGGAUGAACCCGAAUCAAGGCCGCGGGGCCCCGGAGAUCGAUAUCCUCGAAGGUGGAGGCACUGCUAUCUCGUCCUCGAUUCAGGUUGGGCCGGGCAUGCCGGCGGAUUUCAGAGUGAUCGAAGAUACUGCGUCUUCUUAUUGCCUUUACACAUACGACUGCACUACCGAGGGCGCCAACAACCAGGACGUCCCGACCAAGUAUUACUGGAACUUGCGUGGACACAAAUCAUGGUACCAGGAACUCCGCUACGGCGCUAACAACGUCUGCGACGUUGAAGAGGAUGGCAUCCAGAGCUUCGCCACUAUCAACGCCUCACUUGCCGAGGGAAUUACAGCGAACGCUUGUACGAUGGAACUGUGCCCUGCAUCGUACGAUGUGAAUGGCGACAUGGGCUACAAAGACAACGGCACGGUGCACUGGGGCAUCAAUGCCAAUGGCACGUGCUUCCCCAAGCAGAAUGCGUACAUGGGCGCGUACCUGUGCAGUCCUGGCAACACCAACUCGGAGUGUACAGCGUCUAGCGGAUCCACCAGCUCCAGCUCCGAGUUCGCCUAUCAGAUGGACGCCAUUUCGACGGAUUGGGAGAUUCACAUGGCCGCGUACUUGGACUGGGUCACGUACAGCGUCGAGUGGGUCAUGGGCGACUCCGGGUAUGUGCGCUGGGAGGUGGAGGGCCAAGUGAUCUUUGAGAUCCCAGCCGAGUCGAUCAUCAACCCGCCACAGGACACGGCGCAGAUGAACCCCAAGAAGAUCAUGAUCGAGGAGCCGAUGUACAUCAUCUUCAACGUGGCUCUCUCCAGCUCCUGGGGAUCUUCACCCCCUCACGCAGGAGAAGGAAGCUGCCGUGGUGACGGCUCCAGCUCGGAAGACAACGCAAUCUGCGACUCGUUCCCCAUGUAUCUGAAGAUCGACUACAUUCGACUGUACCAAGACACAUCCGACAACACCGACAUGACCAUCGGCUGCGAUCCUUCGUCUCACCCGACCAAGCAGUGGAUCGAGGACAACAUCGACGACUACACCGAUACGGACAAUCCGCACAUCGCCGUGUCGGGCUUGGCGUUCUGCAGCUCGGACGACGACUGCACCAUCGACAGCUCCACGGCGGUGUCGACAGGCACAUGCAACUCGGACGGUCGCUGCGAGUGCUCCACAGACUCCUGGACAGGACCUCACUGCACCGAACCGGCCAGCUCGAGCAGCACUGACGACGAGAUGUUUGGUCCUCCGAUUCACAUUUCGCUGCUCGUCGCCCUCGCGAUGCUAGCAGCGAUGGCCUUUGUUGUAUUUUACAAGUGGCGAGAUAGCAAGCGAGACAUCCACAAGGUGCAGUAA